UUACAGCUGUGACUGAGAUAAACACUACGAGCGACUCACCAUUUUUGUUAGAAAGAGGAGAGAUAGAGAGAGAUGGCGAUGAAACGUGUCGCUGCCUCUGCAAUUCGUGCCUUUGCUUCGCCGGGAAAUUCAACUUCAUCGCUUCUUACUAGAGACUUGCAUUCGUCUCCUGGAAGCAAAAAGAUCGUUGGUGUCUUUUACAAAGCAAAUGAAUAUGCUUCGAUGAAUCCCAAUUUUCUGGGCUGUGUAGAGAAUGCCUUGGGCAUACAGGACUGGUUGGAAUCAAAAGGUCACCAGUACAUUGUCACUGAUGACAAAGAAGGACCUGAUUGUGAACUUGAAAAGCAUAUUCCUGACCUCCACGUGCUGAUAACUACCCCUUUCCAUCCGGCCUAUGUUACAGCCGAAAGGAUCAAGAAGGCCAAAAAUUUGCAACUGGUGCUCACAGCUGGAAUUGGUUCUGAUCAUGUUGAUUUGAAUGCUGCAGCUGCUGCUGGUUUAACAGUUGCAGAAGUCACUGGAAGCAAUGUAGUCUCGGUUGCAGAGGAUGAGCUCAUGAGAAUCCUCAUUCUUGUCAGGAAUUUUUUGCCUGGAUACCAUCAAGUUAUCAGCGGAGAGUGGAAUGUUGCAGCUAUUGCUCAUAGAGCUUAUGAUCUUGAAGGAAAGACAGUGGGGACUGUUGGUGCUGGACGUAUUGGCAGGCUUUUACUUCAAAGGUUGAAGCCUUUCAACUGUAAUCUCCUAUAUCAUGAUCGGAUCAAGAUGGAUCCAGAAUUGGAGAAUCAAACAGGGGCAAAGUUUGAGGAGGAUCUUGACUUGAUGCUUCCCAAAUGUGACAUAGUUGUCAUCAACACACCUCUUACAGAUAAAACAAAAGGGAUGUUUGACAAAGAUAGGAUUGCUAGGAUGAAGAAGGGAGUUCUGAUUGUUAACAAUGCUCGGGGAGCAAUCAUGGAUACACAAGCAGUUGUUGACGCUUGUUCUAGUGGACAAAUUGGAGGUUACAGUGGGGAUGUUUGGUACCCACAACCAGCUCCAAAGGACCACCCUUGGCGAUACAUGCCAAACCAAGCUAUGACCCCUCAUAUUUCUGGCACUACCAUUGAUGCGCAGUUGCGAUAUGCGGCUGGAGUGAAGGACAUGCUGGAUAGGUACUUCAAGGGAGAGGAUUUCCCUCCUCAAAAUUACAUUGUGAAGGAGGGUGAACUAGCAAGCCAGUACCGUUAAUGGGAGAGACGAUGCUAGUAAGGCCUCAUAAGUUGGAUCUCCCCUCUCAGGAUGAGAGCUUCUGAAAUCGUAUAGUAUGCUGAAGUUUUCUCCCAUUUUGCUUCUUAACUGAAAGGAGUCCUGCUAGUUGACUUUGUUCUCAGCACCGGCCAAGUAAUAAAUAAUGCAGUUUACAGCUUAUUAAAAAAUAUAGAGUUUCUAGAUCAUAGUUUCCGCCUUCUUAUUGUAGAGAGCUGUAAGGAGUGAAUGCAUCUUGUUUUAAUCUCACCGAACUUCAUAAUAUUUACAUGUUUUUAUUUUUAGCA